GCAAUUCCACUGUAUACGAUGGUUUACGGAAGGAAAGCGAAGGAUCCAACACGCGGUUAUACGAUGGUGUAUAGUGGCAGUUUCGAUGAAAUUGCCAAAAUUAUGCGUCCGUAUGACAAUCGAGAAAACGUUGAUAGCAGUGAGCCAACGUGGUGUGGUUAUAUUCGUGGUGUACUGGCGUUAUAUCCUCAUUCGCAGGAUGUCGAUAUCGUCAUCGAGUCGACAAUUCCUCUCGGUGGUGGCUUGAGCAGUUCGGCUGCUCUUGAGCUCGCAGUGCUUUUCUUCUUGAGACAGCUCAUCGAAUUUAUCGACGAUGAUGAAAUGAGAAGAGAAGAUUGUGCGGUGAUGUGUCGACGUGCCGAAAAUAUAUUCGCUCACGUUCCGUGUGGUAUCAUGGAUCAGAUGGUUGUUUGUCUUGCUGAAAAGGGUCAUGCACUCAAAAUCGAUUGUUGGAAUCUAACUGCUGAAUCAGUACCGAUUUGUGCGGGUGACGAUACAACCUUUUUGGUAACUGACUGUGGUGUGCGACAUAAAUUGGCGAACUCUGAAUAUAGUAAUCGAAAGGAAUCCGUUGAAAAUGCUCUCAAGAAACUCGACUGCAAAUCAUGGCGACACAUCCGCGAGGAUGCACUCAUUGAAAAUUCAACAGUGUUGGAUGAAAUUCAAAUGAAACAUGCAUUGCACGUUGACAACUACAGUGGAAAGCCAACAUUUUUUGAAUGUCGUCCAGUAGCUGGUGUUGAAGUAUUCCCGGUGGACGGCAUAUAUAAUCUUCUCUAG